GCGAUUCCCAGUAUGUUGUGUAGAGCCAGCGAAAAUGAAGUGAAUACACAGCUCGACACAGUGAUAAAAGUGUAACAAAAUCAGUGAAAAUAAUGGAAAAAAUAAUUUGAUGUGCAUUCAAGGAAGUGUGUGUCGAUAUGUGAAGUGUUAUUCUGUGGAAAACCGUCGAAAGUGCUGCGCCAUGAAGUUACAACGGCUGUGUUUUUUUGUGAAAUAGUGUUUGUGCGACGAAAAACAAAAAUUCCUCAAUGUGGUGUUUAGGGCAAAAUGGUCAGAGAGACUAGACACUUGUGGGUAGGAAAUUUACCCGAGAAUAUAAGAGAAGAACGAAUUCGAGAACAUUUCAAACGGUAUGGCCGCGUGCAAAGUGUCAAGUUGCUGCCCAGGUGCACUGAGGAGAAGACGGGGGGCGAGAUCACGAUGGCGUGCACGGUGGCGUUCAUGGACAUCAAAAGUGCGUCCAAAGCCCACAACUCGGAACUUAAGAUAGACGACAGGACCCUUAACACCGAAUAUUAUGAACCUGCCGCCAUUCCGUCCUCUGCCUCGCCGCAGACUAACGCUCCCUCCCCGUAUUCUACCUCCCCCGGUUCGACAAGGUUCCCCAACGGUCAUGGGUCCACCGACGAUCACGGUACAUCCGCGUUUUCGGACCGUUGCUUCUAUGACAGAUCGUCUUCAACGCGGCUGACUGGCGGCAGCGGCAGCGUAUCUAGCGGCGGAGGGAGCGGCAGCGGCGAUGCCGCCUCAGAGUUCGGGGGUGCCGGGCGAAACGGCGGCAAUCGGGCCAGCGCUAAUACCGUACCACCGGCCGCUACUCCCGUCUCUGGUUCGUACCACGUUGAUGCCGUCACCACUACCGCCGGCAGAUCCUCUUCAUCUUCGACAUCGUCGACGGUGGCGGCCGGAGGUGGUGGUAUUACCGUCACCGGCACGGGAAGGAGCAGGGAACGGACCGGGAGCAGCUACAGAAACGGACCCUACGGCUCCGCCUCAGCUUCUGCUGCAGCCGCCUCUUUGGAGAGCACCAGGCAUUCUUCGAGAACUACCGUUAACAAUUCCUGGGGGUACGAUUCGUCAAGAUAUAAUAGCACGGGUAAUAAUCAGACAGAUACAGGGUACAGUAAUACACCAUCCGAGAAUAAUGAGAGGCGGACUUUAGACCAAAGUUCAAAAAAGAAAACGAAAUCCAGGUCCGGAUCCAGAUCACCAUCUCCUUCGGGCAGUGCAAGUAGUAGGUCACCUUCAAGAUCAAGAUCAAGAAGUAGCAGUAGUUCCUCAAGUUCCUCAAUAUCGCGAGAUACCAGCUCGACCAGUUCCCCGAAAUCAAAGAGGAUAGCAUCAAGUAACGCGUCGAAUUCGAACCAUCAGCCAGUGGUGCAUAGUGACGACCGAAGACCAUUGGCGAUAUGCGUGAAAAACCUACCGGCGCGAUCAUCAGACACCUCCUUGAAGGAUGGUCUUUUCCACGAGUACAAAAAACACGGGAAAGUGACGUGGGUGAAAGUGGUAGGAAAAGAUGCCGAAAGGCACGCGAUUGUGUGCUUCAAGAAGCCCGAAGACGUGGAAAAAGCGCUGGAAGUGAGCUACGAUAAGCUGUUUUUCGGGUGCAAGAUCGAGGUUGCGCCUUACCAAGGCUAUGACGUUGAGGAUAACGAUCUGAGGCCGUACGAGGCGGAAAUCGACGAGUACCAUCCGAAGGCCACGCGGACCCUAUUUAUCGGUAACUUGGAAAAAGACGUGACCGCGUCUGAUCUCAGGAAACACUUCGACCAGUUCGGGGAGAUUAUAGAAAUCGACAUUAAAAAACAAGGGGCUGUGAGUUCUUAUGCGUUUUGUCAGUACUCGGAUAUAGUGAGUGUUGUCAAGGCCAUACGGAAGAUGGACGGUGAACACUUAGGUAAUAAUCGAAUAAAGUUAGGAUUCGGCAAGUCGAUGCCUUACAACUGCGUUUGGAUCGACGGUGUUAACGAGAACGUUAACGAAAAGUACCUGAAAAUGCAAUUCGAACCCUUCGGGGUCAUAAGUAAGAUUCAUAUAGACCGGGACAAAGGACAAGCGCUCGUUUUUUACGAUCAAGUCAUGAGUGCCCAAACUGCCGUUACUAAGAUGCGCGGCUUCACGCUCAAGAACACCAAGAUACAAGUCGACUUUGCCAGUAGAGAGUGUCAGGAAUCGUUUUUCGAAAGGCUGGAGAAACAGGGAACUAUUCUUGACCGAAGCAUCUUCGAGGAGAGACGAGAAACAUCAGCGAGGGUUUUCGAUCCAGCAUCCACUAGAUUUUCAAGUCGAUAUGACACUCCAACACGACCUCGAACGUCAUCUUACAGCAGCAGGUCGAACGCAUCAGCGAGCCAAGUGACAUCAUCUCUGCAGUCUCCCGGGACUCCCGGAUCCGUUACUCCUCGGGGUACCAGUUCUCGAUCUCGAAGAUUCGCCGACUACUACGAUCAAACGCUGGAGUACGCUGACAGACAUUUUCGAAGCUACGAUGAGUACAGCCAGAGUUCUACAGCGUCUCAUGAGGAUCUAUAUGAUCAUGAGUAUGGUUUCAUCCACGACAACGCAGAUCCUAUACAGACUAUUGACAACGUUGUGUCCUUUGCUCCGCCUGAUAUGAGGAAUCUACAGAAAGAACGAGUCCAUCUGCUUGAACAACUAGAAGAGUGUCCCAGUUCGGGAGAUGAAUUGAUCAGUCCAAAGAAACGAAUAAAACUCGAUCUGUUGGAUUCAGUCAUAACAAGUGAUGUCAUCAUUGAAGCCAACAGAGACCAUAGAAAGGUUAUGGAAGUAAGAAGAUUGUCAGACGUCAACUUAAAGCACCACUCUCGGCGACCAUCGAUAGAUUCGGGAAAACACGUGCGCCACGACGUAGUCUAUGUACCCCACUCGGUAUGUAAGAGGAGGAAAACAGCGGGUAGUGAUAGCGGAUCCCGUGUCCACCACUAUGAUCAUUCAGGGUCUGAGAGCGUAGGUGGUUCUAGGCCAGGUACUCCACUUUGCGAUGAAAGACCAGAAAAUUUCCCGCCCACUGAACCUAGAAGAGUGCCGAGAGAGAGGGAGGGUCCUCUUACGCUACCUUUACCAAGGUUUGCUGCGCAAAUCAUGAACAGGGGGAGUGUAUCAGUAGCCGGAAUCAAGGGCCAAAAAGACAACAUCCUUUCUAGUCCACCUCCGGCUGUGACAAGUCCCAGAAUAUCCAAUCCGAGGCCUCCUAGCCCAGUCCACGUGCCUCCGCCUGCUUCACCGCCCCCAAGGCCGCCUAGUCUCAGUUCCAACUCAAGCGAUAGCGACAUUACGCCACCUAGUCCUUCCCUAGAGGAGAGAAUAAAGUCCCUAGAUGAAAAGUACGAAAAAUGGUCCGGAUCGAGAGCUCUGAGCGCAGCUGGUGGUGAUGCUCUGGCUCUCAUAGACGCCAAUUUGGAAAAAUUCCGCCAGAGGCACAAAAUUCUAGAUCUGGACCUGAAAGAAGUCCAACCCUCUGAAAUAGUCAAAUCUGUGAUGGCAAAACGGUCAGUUUUUGACGAAGACCUUAAACGGUUAGAAAAUGUGGGAGAAAAGUAUGAACCAAAGGAUUUUUCAUUUUUUCCUAGGACCGCACUGAUCACGCAAACUUCAGUACCUGCUUCACCGUUGUUGGCACCGCCUGCGUUAAAACUUACUGCAGCUACUGCAUUACCCAAAACGCCAACACUGCUAUCACCGAGAUCAUCCGGAACCGGUAUUCAAGCAGCAAAAGGCCUCCAAUACCCUUUUCCGACGCAUCCGCCUAAUCUCAUGUCACCAGUAGUUUCGUCGCUUCCUCAGACAUCUUCAGCGACGACCACGACUUCAGUGGCGCCACCCACGGUCGCGGCCACCAGCACCACCACAGUCACUACGGCAGUAAUGACAACAACCACCGCAACGACCACGUCUUCGUCAAUGCCCUCGCCUUCACGAGGUGCCUCCCAUGGUGAAAACAGACUGAAACCGUGUUCGAGUGCGCCGAGUGAUACGAGAACAAUUAGCAAAAUAACUGUAAAUAAAAGUAACGUAGUGUCUUCUGUACCUCCUGUAAAAACUAGUGAAAAGACCAGCGUUAACAUUCCCUGUGAAGGCAAGACGAAAGUUGAUAAAACUGGAGAGAAAAUAUCGUGUAGGAGAGACUCUAAUAGUAAUUCCCCAAGAGCUGAUGUAAAAACAAGAAGAAAUAGUGAUACUAGUGCGCGGAAAUCAGAUGACAGUGAUGCGGAAGCUCAUAAAGAACGAGCACAAAUUGAACGAAUGGAAAAAAUUAAAGCAGAAAACAAAAAACUAGAAAAGGAAAAGUCAGAAAAAGAAAGAAUUGAGAGAGAACGACACGAACAUGAAAAGCAAGAAAAAAUAAGACUAGAGAAAGAACGAAUAGAAAAGGAACGUUUAGAAAGAGAGAGUGAAUUAGAAAAACAAAGGUUAGAAAAGGAGAGACUGGAAAAAGAAAGGUUAGAAAAAGAGCAACAAGAAAAAGAACGAGCAGAGAAAGAGAAGUUUAGGUUAGAGAGAGAAGAAAAAGCCCAAAGAGAAAAGGAACGUGUAGAAAAAGAAAGGCAGGAACAAGAGAGACUUGAACGACUAAGGCUCGAAAAAGAACGGAAAGAAAAAGAAGACACCGAAAGGCGACUGCGGGAAGAGAAGAUGGAAAGAGAACGGCAGGAGCAAGAGCGAAUAGAAAAAGAAAAAAGAGAUAAGGAAGAAGCAGACAGAAAACUUAAAGAUGAAAAGGAACGGCGAGAAGAAGAAGAGAGGAUAGAGAGAGAGAAACGAGAAAGGGAACGAGUUCGGCAUAAAGAAGACAAUCAAGAAAAAAGAAAAGAUGAACACAACAAGCAUCGAGAAACUCACAGUGAUAAUAAAAAUAGAGAAAACCACCUUGAUAAACACAUAGAGCAUAAAGAGAAAGAAGAAAAGAUAGUAAACCAAAUAAGCACAAAUCAACAUAGUUUUGAGAAGAAAAUACAUUUAGAUAGGGAAUCUGAAAGGAGAAAAGAAAGCAUUAAAGAAAAUAGGGAUAACAAUAUACACGAAAAACAUAAACAUUUAGUAGACAAUAGAAUCAGGGAACUAGUUGAAACAAGGCACAUGUCUAUAGACCUUGAUAAAACAAAAUCACAUGAUAAAGAUCCUUCGAAGAGAAAAGAGAGAAAUAAUAGCCUACCUGCUAGUAUUGGUUCAAAACGCAGGUUCAGCUCACAUGAGACGAUAGAAGCUGAAGAGACCAAAAAAGUGAAAUUGUCUCAUGAAAGACGAGAUUCCAAAGAUAGUACUAGAUCUGAGGAAAGGAUCAAGAGCAAACAUAAGAAUAAUAUUAAUAAAUCCCAUGAAAAACAUAACAGUUCCAAAGACUCCGAAGAGAAACGAAAAGAAAGAGAAGAACGUCACAAAAAACAUAAAUUAGAAAAACAAAAAUCGAAAAGUAAAAGUCGAGAAAAGGAAGCUCAAGAGACAACAAAUAUUACAUUAACAGACAAAGAAUUUCUCAAUAGGUUGGAAUUAAAAUCUACAGAAGAGAGCGAAACAUUUAAGAAAGAUAAAGAAUCAAAAGAGAAGCGAAUCACACAAGAGGAACAUGAAAAAAUUAAAAAACUGGAAAAGAUGCACUCUUUGGAGAAAUCUAGUCGUAGCAAAUCGGAUGCUGAAGGCGGGUCUAAGUCAAGUGAGGAGAAGAAAAAACGCGAGAGAAUACGUAAGCUGAUAAACAGUUCAGAUAGUGAUUCUGAUGAACCAAAGAAACAUUCCAUUUUUGACAUUGUAGACGAUGAACCUGCUUAUAUAUCUAUGUACGAUAAAGUAAAGGCCAGAAGCUGCAAGAACAUGGCUAAGCUCGAAGAGGAAAAGCGGCAAGAGAAACUAAAAGCGAAAUUUACGCAGCUCAAACAAAGUAGAGCUAAACGAGAAGAAAAGAAGCGUUCAACAUCAUGGGACGAAGAUUCGGAUUCUGAUAAAGGACAUAGCGAAAUCAAAAUGAAGAGGUGUCCUAAAAUGCUCAUUGACAGUUCAGACGAUGAAAAUGAAGAGCGAAAAGCAAUGAAGAAAGAAGAAUUUCCGGAUUUCUCAACUAUAUAUGAUCAAAUGAAGCUAAUUAUAGGUACCAGUGAUGACGAAUCUAGAAACAAAUCACUUAUAUUAAAAACUUUAAAAUCUCGAAUAACUAGUGAUACUUCAGAAGACGAAAACAACAAAAAGAAAUUGCAACACAUUAAGGCAGAGUUUUUCACAGAUUCUACUUCAACAGAGAUCCAGUCAUCUUACAAUAUCCUGGAAGACAAACAUCAAUUGUUUACUGUCAAGGAAGAUUUGAGUAAACUUAUUAAAAAAGAAAGAAGGAAUAGUAAAUGCCAAGAAUCAUCUACAGAAAUGAAUAGUUUAUUAUUUAGCGAUGUCAGUCAAUCAGACGUAAAAUCAGAAAAGUUCAACAACAAGAAUUCCUUUGUCGAUAUCACCACCGACGAAGAGGCACAGGAAGCUGCCAGAAAAGAAAGAUCCGAGAGAAGAGAAAAGAAGCACAAAAAGAAACAAAGAAAGCAAAAACACUCUUUAAGUAGCGAGGAAACUUCCAAGCUGGAAAUAAUUUCAGAUUCCCUACAUUCAGAAACGAUAGAAAAACCAAAACACGAAAAGAAGAAAGAUCACAGCAAGAAAGAGAAACGACGAGACAAAAACAGAGAAGGUAGGGAGAAGUCGAAAAAAUCCAAAAAGAACAAAUUGGAGGGCAAAUGCGAUAGUAAAAGAGAGGGUAAAAUGGAAAAUAUUUUCGGAUCGCUUUCUGAAGAUUCUGAAAACGGAAACAAAGAAUCCCAACAACAACCCAAAAUUCAGACACUUACCGAAGAGGAAAUCAACACGCAACAACAAAACUAUAAUAGCGAAUCCGAAAAAGAACCUGAAAUUAAAAUCAAAGAAAAAUCAGAACGAGAUAGAGACAAAGAAGAACAUAAACGAAAGAAGGAAAAGAAACGUCGGGAAAAAGAACGUCGUCUUCAAGAAGCUGCUGCUGCUGCAGCGACUUUGGCAGCUGCUGCCGCUGCAUCGUCUUUGGCAACCGCUGGUCAAGAGAGCAACGAAAAUAGUAUGGAUUACAUUGAUAUGGGUAAACAACUAGAAGCCAAUAUGAUGCUAGACGAAAGCUUGGAUGCUUCUGAAAGUGUAAGUAAAUCUGCCGAUGCUUUAGACACGACUGAAGACGCGUUUACCUUCAGUGAGGUUAUAGGAAUUAAAAAAGAUAAAGAAGAAAGAAGAGAAGGCAAAGAAAAGAAAAAGAAAAGGAAGAAAAGUAAAGAUGAGAAGAAUAAACAUCAUAAUCACCACCAUCAUGAUAAAAACAAAGUCAAACAUGUUGAAAUUAAGAAAGAAACUUCUCCGUCUCCUGUUUUAACUUCUUCUCCAGUUAUAGAGAAAUUGGCAAUUAAAGAAGAAGUCGUCACUCCCCCUCCUCCACCGAGUGCUAGUUUACCUAACAUUCUAGAAGAACAACCUUCGGAUAAACCUCCUACUUCUACUUUACCUAUUAUGCCUCUUAAUACUAUCCUAAUUAAAUCAGUUCCACAAGAAAUAAAACGUGAUAAGUUAAUACCUGGAUUCGGUACACAAAUAGACGAAAAAAUUCAUGAUUCAGCUGUAAAAUCAAUCUCUGAAUUUGAACCAAUCGUCAAGAAAGAAGAAGUCGUCGUUAAAGAAGAAGAAGAGAAGCCAACUCCCGCAACAGAUGAAAAGCCUAGAGUUGUAAUUUCCCAAGAAGAGACUGAAGAUGCGGUAGCUGCUUUGUUAGGUGAGAGUUUCGGUAGUGUUAAACAAGAAGAAUUUUACACUGAAAAUACUAUUUUGGAAGAACCUUCUAAUACCUUGGUGGAAGAAAAUAAUGUUCAAGAUGAUGAAGAAAUGCGACAAGCGGUACAAAGCUUAAGUGCCGCAGAUUUAGAUGUAAAACCUGAUACUCCACAAAGUGAACACGAUCUACAGAUUGACACUGAUACUGAAGAACAGGAAGAUGUACCACUAAGAUUUGACAGCGCUCCAAAGACUCCCGAAAUGUCUGAAUUCCCCCCACUACCAAAGACACCUGAUCUACCACCCAUCUUUACUAACCAUAUGGAAGACAAAUCUACCACCGAUCUAACACCGAUUGCAGUAUUGAAAACAACUCCUAAUAUUGGUAGCCCUCCAUCUCUCACACCGAUAAGACCCCAAACUGCAAUAGAAACAAAGAAGACCUUAAAUGUAGAAAAAAGAGAUCUUCCAGUUUUACCAGAACAGCAACAACGUACAGUUAUUUCAAAAUCGUGGCCUGUAGACUCUAAACUAGACGUUCCUACUACAAAACCUACAUCUUCUGUUAUUAAAAUAGAACAGAAGGCAGUUGUAGCAGUAUCUAGUCCUUCAGUUCAAAAUACUGCAGUAACAGUAGCAACCUCUAGAACUUACACAAGUCCCCCGGUACUCAAGAUUGCUGAUUCUCCUUUUCCACCACUAAAGCCGCUCUCAAAGCAGGAUCAUUUAAGUCUAUCUCCUCUUGGUGAAGUAGCAAAUAAAUUACAGGCUGUUCCUGUCGUUCAGACACUAACAAAGUCACCAACUCCUCCACAGUUGCAUAAUCUGCCAGCUCGUUCUCCAAUGCAAAUAAAUAAACCAACCACCUCUUUAAUAGAAUCAGGAUUGUCUCCGUCUCCUAGAUUACCUCCUGGAUUAAUUCAUAACAGAAUGCCAAUUACUUCAGUAAUGGUAUCCAAGGCAAUGCAGCCUACAACAGUGAUUUUACAACAAUCUAAACUUGCUCAUACAUUGGAGCCUCCUAAAUUGGUUUCAACAUCUGAAGUUCGUAGCCAGGAACGCGCUAGGAUGGUAUACCAAUCUUCUACGUUACAAUCACCACAGUUCAGUAACUUUGGACCAAAUCCUCCAAGAAUGGCAAUUCCAGGAAAUAUUAGGCAUUUACAGCCACAGGGACUACUUGUUCCUACUAGGCAGAUCAACCCACAUAAUUUCAAUUAUAUGAGUAAUCCACCACACCCUACUUUCAAUAUUCCCGCAUCAUCGCCAAGUCAAGAUAAUUCUAUAGCAAGAGAAACUAACCAACCUUUACCUCCUAUGGUACCAGCGAGCAUUGCUCAACCAGCAGUAGUACCUUCACAUCCACCUUUACAGCCAAUAACAAUUCCAAAAGAUACUUUUACAAUGAAACCUCCAACACCAACACUACCAAGUCCUAAGUCAUCAACAAAUUGUCCAAGUCCUAAUCCAUUUUCACCCAGCGCCCUUAGUCCUCGAUUAAAGAAUUCUCCAAGUCCGAAACCUACGCCACCAGCAGCAGCAGUAAGUCCAAAGCCAACAUCGUCAAGUCCUAACCCGGUAGCAAGUUCUACUACUGCAGUGUCCAUGCCUCCAGAGGUCUCUUGUCCAUCGUUUGUGAUACAACCUACUCCCAAAGUUGUUGAACUACCCAGAGUACCUACUCCAAAACUUAUAGAAGUACCCAGAGUACCUACUCCAAAAGUUGUAGAACUACCCAGAGUACCUACACCAAAAGUUGUAGAAGUACCCAGAGUACCUACUCCAAAAGUAGCAGACCCCUUAGUUACAUCUACACCAAGUCCAGUGAUUGUUUCUACUGCUUCUACUGCUGAUUCAUUUAAAAUAACUUCUGUAUUGUCAACACCAGAAAUAAAACAUGAACCAACAGAAUUAAAGAAAGAAGAGAAGCCAGUAAAGCUAGCAAUUGAGGCAGUAACAGAGGAGCUGAAUAUGACACUAGAAAAGUCGUCUCCUAACAUUAAAGACGAGAUUGUUUCCUCUGCAACAGAAAAGUUGCCAGAAUUGCUAGUUAAAUCAGAACACAAAGAAGAGCCCAAAAUUGAACAUUUCGAAGAGAAAAUAUUAGUUGAUAGUGAUAAAGACUCCAUCAUAUGUAACAAAGUUGAAAAAAUGGAUGAGGAAAAAACCGAAACUGAAAGUAUCGUUUCAGACAUCAGCAAAGAACGUUCUGCUAGUGCCGAUAUUCUUGCUAAAGACGACCCACUUGACUCAAAAGAGGACAGUGAUUAUUGGUCAGCAAAAGAAGUCAAUAUUGAUUCUGUUAUCAAGACACUUUGUUCGGCAGAUGAAAUGUCUGAUCACAGUAGCGAAAACGGUAAAAGUGAUUGGUUUGACGACCCUAAACCAGAGAAAGAAGAAUCUAAUGAAACUGAUAACAUUCCAACUGAAAAUAAAGAAGUUAUGCCUCAAAGUCCAGAAAAGAAAGAAGAACCAUCUCCUGUAGUAGAAGAAGCAAAGGGUGGUGACACUUCCGAUAUAUUAGACGAAUCGACUGAAACUGAGCAGGAAGUUACUGAAGAACCUAGAGAAGCUCCAAUGCUACGUUCUAGUAGCCGUCGUGGAGGUAGAGGUCGAGGUAGAACCAUUAAACCACAGAAGAUUGAACGACCAAAUCCAACGUUGGAAAGAGCAGGUGGAAUCCAAACGCGCAGAGGCAAAUUAAAAGAACUGUCUCAAUCUACUCCUGUUAGUACUAAACGAGGGCGAGGUGGAAAACCUCGCACUGAAAGAAAACCGUCGAAAACUGAAUCUGAUUCAUCUCCAGCCGAUGUAUAUGAAUUCAGAGAUGAACCUGAUGAUUCAAAUAAAGAACAACGUCCAAGACUAAUCCUAACAAUAAAAUCACCUGCAAUAUUAAAUUCAAACAGUGCUCAAACAACAGCAAGCAUUAAAGAAGUUACUAAGGAUGGAGCCAAAGAAAUUGGUAAAGAACAACCUAAAGAAAUUUCGCCACCUCCGAUUAAACCAAUUGAAAACAAGGAAGAAUUUGUUUCCCCAUCAACAAACACCCGAAAAUCGAGGAGACUACAAGAACGAGACACAUCCAAAACUACUAUCGAUGACACUAUCGAAGAUGUUGUUAAAAAUACAGUUCAAACUCGUGCCACAUCCAACCAAAGAAGAUCCGGACGACAAGCCACACCCAAACAGUGUCCAUCCCAACCUGACACACCCCGAAAAUCACCUAGGGGCAGAAGAGGGCGAAGAGGUUCCGAAGCAGCUGAGAAUUCGUCAUCUGAGGAAACAUCAAAAGAAGAAAUAAAACUAGUUUUGUCACCACCAUUAAAGGCUACCGAAAAAGCGAAAGAAUCCGAGAAAUCAAAAGAACCUGAGCUUGCGGUAGAAAUGGAAAAACUCGUUGAAAAGCCCAAACCUAUAGAACCUCCCAAAGAAAAACAAAUCGAAGGUCUUAAGGCUACCGUUCUUCGUCGUAUUAAAUCUGAAUUAAUUUCAUCAAAUCCAAACGAACCUACCAGCCUAAUAGACCCGGUGACGGGAGAGCUAAUUCCAAUGAGAGAGAGUGAAGAAGGAAAGUAUAUUCCAUUACCAGGUACCUCUAACAUUCCUCAGCCUUUGAAUAAAAAACCGGAAGCGGCUCUUGUUAAACAACAAGUAGAAUCGCCCAAGCCUGUAAUCGAAGUACCCAAGACACAAGCGAGCGUAAUAGCCCAACCUCAGCAGUUAAAGAUCGUUCAACAAAAACCACAUAGUUUAAAAGCACACGUUUUAGCAUCUCAAGCUGCACAGGCCGUCGUGCAUCAAGCAACGCCUCCUAUUGUUCAACCAAAACCAGCAGUAGAAAUUACAACAACUACACCUUCUGUUGUGGUUACUUCUAAGCCAGUUUCUCAAGAAAUAUUAGUGACGAGACCAGCUGUCAAUGCUGUUUCUACACCUCCUGCUCUUGCGCCUGUAAAACCAGUUAUAAUAACUAAAUCUAUUACUCCGAUAGUUGCUUCCAAGGCUGUAGCUCCACCUCCAGUUGUUUCAAAAACUGUUACUCCAAUCAACCAACAUUUAACCGUAAAUACUAAUGUCAACGUUGGUAUUUCUUCUGCGACUCACGUUUCUCCGAGACCUGCGGUUCCUAUAAAUGUUACAUCAAAACCGCCACACAAGGCCUUGGUUAAGCCUCCCGUUUUAUCUCCUGUAUUGAUGCAGCAAAAACAACAACAAAUCCAACAAAUGUUGCAAGUUAACAAACAAGCACAGGUUUCGAAAGCUCACUUGCCUUCAACUAUGGUAAGCCAGGCCCAGAUGGUGAUGGCUCACAUGAAGCAUCAGCCCUUAAUCAAACAACAGGUGAUGCUGAGUAAAGGUCCUAUAGGCAACAAAUCAUUGCACCAACAGCAAAUCAUCAGCGGAGCCAUACCUAGUCCACCUUUAGUCAAAUCUCAAUCUCCUUUGAACAACUCAGGGAGAAUCAUUCAAGGUCCGGGGGGUGUAAAAGGUAUGAUGGAUCCUCCAAAGAUAGAAGUUUCUAUGAGUAACGUCAUCAUAGGACAAAGAUCAAAAUUAUCGCCUCAAGGACCACAACAAAGGAUUGUUGGACAGACUGGCUUACCCUUGCCUGGAUAUGAACCGAAUUUGCACGGGGAGAGAAGUCUUUUAACUCGAAGUCGUAGUCCCCCGCCGGCCCAUCAAAACUCGCCAUCUCCAAAGGGAGAAGCUAUUGCUCAUUUUCCACCAGGCCCCUUACGUCCACCGCCCGAUCUCAAUCCGGCACAUUAUAUGCAUCCUCAACAUGUCAUGCAGUACCAGCAAUACUUAAGGCAACACCAACAACAAUUACAACAUCUUUCGAGGCCUGGAGUCAUGGAGAAAGAUGGCCAAGAAGGAGAAGAAGCUCCUGUAACAUCACCACCACUAGAAUUGAGGCGACCAGGUUCAGUUGGACAUGUAUUAACUGGUAGAGGUACAGCAGUACCUCACAGUUUACAUUCUCCGCACGACAGAACGACAGAUUCACCACAAGUGGGUCAAGUAUACAACGUCCACUCCUCAGCACGUAUUCCAUACGCACACCCUAACCGAUAUUAUGACCAGGCAGAACCUCCACCAGCCCAUCGACCGCUCACGAGCCACGGUUCUUUGGCAGCCUUGGGCAGCGACCGUGGUCUUGCUCACAUGGCGCCCAUAGGUACGCCGGACCGGCCGCUCAGCAGUCAUUCGGCUCUCAGCGCCCACAUAGGAAGCCUUGGUCCAGAUCGGGGCAUGACGCAUAUAGAACGGCCGCUCUCAGGUCACGGAAUGAUGGGUGCUGGCUUGGGAGCAGCUGGAAACCUCAUGGGAGCUGUCGCCAGGCACAUUGGGGCUGACGCACCUGCAAGUCAGAGGGGAUUGCAAGCAGCUACACCACCGCAUGCUAGUCAAGUACCACCACAAGCGGAAAGCUUAUUAAUGCUGUUAAAGCAAUACCCCUGUAUGUGGCAAGGACUUUUGGCCUUAAAGAACGAUCAGGCAGCUGUUCAGAUGUAUUUUGUUUCGGGCAACGACGACGUAGCUAAAUGUAGCCUACCCAAAAAUACCGAUGGAUCAACACCCCCGCUAAGAAUAUUCCAAAGAAUGAGGCUAGAGCCACCCCAGGUCGAGGGGGUGGCAAGAAAGAUGCAGAUGGAGAACGAACACUGCAUGUUACUAGCACUACCGUGCGGACACGACCAUAUGGAUGUACUUAAACAGUCUACUAACCUAACUAGCGGUUUUAUAACCUAUCUACAACUGAAGCAGGCAGCCGGAAUUGUCAACGUCGCUGCACCCGGUACUACUCAACCGCCUGCGUAUGUCGUACACAUCUUCCCGUCCUGUGAUUUCGUCAAUGAGAAUCUGCGACGUAUCGCGCCAAGUCUACUGGAAAGAGUGGCCGAUAUAGCUCACCUUCUCAUCGUUAUAACUACGGUGUGAUCACUGGAAGAUUAUUACUCUCUCUGCUAUUGAAACAACAAAACAAAAAAAUGACGAUCGUUACUUGUAAUGAACUUAACCUAAUCUAACCUAACAAUUUUGACUUUUUCUUUUCUCAACCGUUAAAAUCUCGUUACAACACGAAGAAGCUAUGUCCCAAAAGGAUUUUUUAAAUAUACUUAAAAUAUUUCACUGUGAUUUCUGAAAAAAAAAACGUUAUUACUAUUAUUAAAAAAUAUAUGAAAAAAAAAUAUACAAAAAAAAGCUAAAAAUAACUUACUACCUAUCUAAGAGAUCUCAUAUUGAACUUAGUUAUUAUAAAAGAAAUAUGUCUUUAUUUAGAAGAUCCUUAUUUUCAUAAAUAUCUUGUAAAUUUGUUUGUUUUUUUACGCGAUAUCCUUGCAAUAUUUGCAAAGAUAUCACGUAAGUUAUACACGUGUUUUAGAAUGUUUUUUUUUUAAUUUUAGUUCGCCGACUUUGAAGAGGGGCUGUAUACUACAUAUUACUUUUUGUUUGCUUUUUAUUUAUUAUAGAUAUACAGUGUUUCAUAUACUUUUUUAUCCAUGUCAGAAUACUCACACAAGUUUUAUUACAGCCGGUUCGAUUAAUAAUUACAAACGAUCAUUCUUGCUAAUAUAUCUCAGUAAUAUUUGACAAUCCACUGUCAGAAUAAAUAUGCCUGUUGGAUUUAAACCUCUUGUUACCCCUUUUUCCAUUUAUGUUCUUCAGAUACUUUGUACGUUUAAUUUUUUUUUGUAAAUGUUUAAAUUUGUGACAAAUGACAGUGCUGUUUUAGAAAUAUGUAACUAUUAAUGUGAUAACAAAUGUUCUGGUUGCUAUUGUUGUUGUCAACUUUUUAGAGCCUCAAUUUUUCAGAUUCGUUACUUUUGCUCUGUUCUGUUUUAAUUAUUUUUUUGUUUCCUUAGCUAUUCUUAAUUUUUAAAAACUUCGACAUCUUGUUAUUUGUAUUUUGCAAAUUUUUGUUCUGAUUCUAUUCCAGACGCGGCUGUUCCAAAAAAUUCUUUCUAGGUUUUAUAAUUCAUCAUAUUUGUUAAUUAUACCUUGCUCUUUGAUUUCUAAUAUCGUUCUAAUUUUGGUAUUAUUCUUCAGUUAGCGUGCUUGGAAGGUCUUUCAGUCUAUGCUAUCUGGUUUUCAGCAUAUUUUGCAAAUUUGUUACCUAUUCUGUUCAUCUGUUUCUCCUCUUAACAUACCACUAUAUGUUUGCCGUUGGUAAUUAUUUUUCAACAAUUUUAAUGCAUAAUGAACUGAAUCUUUUGUGAUAAGUAAAUCUUUAAUACAACAAUUUUCUCGAUAAUGAUGGCUUAUGGUAUUUGACAUAUGGCAUAAAUCCAUAUGUCAAAUAUAGACAUUAUUACGUCACGUCAAGUAAACCAGUAAAGUUUCUGAUAUGGAUUCAAAACCAUUGUUAAUUCACUGUGUACAACACUAAGCGCAUAUUUUCUUUUUAUUUACUUUUGUAUUCAUCACUACCUUCACCCCCUCCUGUUUUUAGAGAAUGGAGGUUUAUUUAGUUUUUUGUUAAUAUUUUGAUUUCCGUUUAGUACACAACCUUCUAAGAUCAACUGUGUAAGUUAGUGUAUUGUUGUUCUUAUAUAUAGGUAUAUUGUUGACUAGUAUGUUCUACACAACGAAAGGAGUGUGUUGUGGGAGAUAUAUGUAUUUAAUAAGAUAAUUGAGUGAAUAUUUUUUCGUUCUUUUUCACUAAACAGUUUUAUUGAAUUGAAAUGUUCUUUUUAUUUUAAAAUGUAUGAGAUAUUCUGCUCUUAAUGUUUAAUUUUCUGGUACUAUAACUUUUUUCCUUCAAUACUUUCAUGUAUUAUUCAAUUCCUGCAAUAGUAUCUUUCCUCUCCCAGUGUUUUGACAUAAAAAUAUCAGUUAAUUAUUGUUUUAUGUUGAUUUAUUUGUUGGCGUGUUAAAUCGUUAUAUUUAUUUAUGAAACAAUUUAUAACCAAUCUUUCCCUUCAUUUUAAGCUCAUGUGUAGCCUAUUUUUUAGCUCUUUGACAUUCACUGUAAUAUCUUUUUUGUGUUUACACUUUCCAAUAUAUCUAUUAUCUUUUCUUGCGAACUUAUACUUUAAAAUUCUUGACCGCAGUGUGCAAACAAUCAAAAAAUAAAAUAUCUGUAAAAUAAUUGCUAUAUACAUAAAUGCCAAAACAGUUUGUGGCAUCACAAAAAGAAUUAUAGUAAUAAAAUGUGCAUCUUUUUCUCUUCUACAUUUUUUUUUGUGAAUGUAUUGUUUGUAUUUCAUUUUUACUUCAUGUUGUUUAUAAACCAAUUUAAUUUAUAUUUUUUGGUGCAGGUUAAUUUUUAUUACAUUCCUCUCUAUAUUAUACAAUCUCAAAUAUACUUAUUUUCAUAUAUUUUCUUGUAUUAAUGUAUUUCGUAUUUCCAUUUUGAGAAAGAAUUGUGUGGUUUUUUAUGGAUUUCCAUGAACUGUACCAAAUGAACUUUGAAUGCCUUUAGAUUUUGAGAUUCAAAAGUCCAAAGGAUGCUUGUUUUUCAAAAUGUAACGCGCAUAUUCGGAGCCUAUUUUCUGUAAAAAUAACCUUUUGCACGUGGUUUUUCUAAUCUCUGUGUUUGUCCGAUAGAAAUAUGGAAAUUAUUUUUUCCUCUGGCAAUCAGCGAGAAUUUUUGGAAAACAUCUAAUAGAGCACAAGAGAUUAUUCGAACACAAAAUGAUUCCACCCAUUCUUACAAUUAAUUAAAAAUCUUAGACGUUUAUGUUUCAACAUCCAACUAAGACUACUCUACUAAACCUAUUCACUCAUCAAUAAAAAGCUUUAUAAAUUUUGGAAUAUUAAAAAUAUUAGAUUUUUUAUCGCAUUUUGUGAGUAUUUGGGAAACAAUACCUUAUUUAGUUAUUUUUUUUUAUAAAAUAAGUAUUGUUUUAGUUUCAAAUAUAUUUUCCAACUUCUCUGUUGAACUUUAAUGUAUCUGCAAUCAUAUCUAGAUAACUGUUUAUUGUUAAAAAACAAAUAAAUAAGAUAUUUAGUUAAAAACGACGUUCAAUAUCUAGCUCGAGUUGAUCUUAGAAAAUUCUGUACGGUGUGGGUAUUGGCGAAUAGUUUCCCUCGGAGUUCCUCAGCCCCUUUUCAAAGCUGCUGCUUUAAAGAUGUAAAUAAUUCAAUUCACACGUUACCCACUCUGUAGUUUUGAAAUAUGGCUAUUAUAAAUAUUGAAAAAAAUAUAUAGACAUAAUAUAUACAUAUGUAGCAUAACAAAACCAAUCAUUUUUUAAAUUAAAGUGUAAAAUAUAUGUGAAUAUCUAGUUUUUAGUUAAAGAGCUUUUCUUUUUUGAUUUUGUCAUCAGUUCUGUACAGUGUAUUUUUUAGCUGUAAGUAAUAAGUUUAGUUUGCGUUGAUAAAUGAUAAUAUAGGGAACAUUGUGAUGUCUAUAUAAUACUGUAAAUUUUGUACAUAUAAAAAAUACUGUGUAUUGUGAGUAUACAUUAUUAUAACUAUUACGAUAAUUCGA